AUGAACAAGGACGUCAAAGCUUGGGCUCGGUCGUGUCUGAGCUGCCAGCGCAACAACGUGCAGCGUCACAACAAGUCCCCACCAGUCACUUUCCCCAGUCAAGACGCACGGUUCAGCCAUGUGCACGUGGAUGUCGUAGGCCCCUAUCCUCUAUCCUAUGGUUUCACCCACCUCCUUACCUGUGUCGAUCGAUGUACCCGCUGGGCUGAUGCUAUUCAUUUGCCGAAUGUGCAGGCUGGAACCAUCGUGAAUGCCUUCGUCAGUCGUUGGAUCGCCAUGUUAGGUGCCCCAUCCACGGUUACGACUGAUCGUGGUGCCCAGUUUGAGUCGGAACUCUUCCAAACGCUACUCAAUUUCCUUGGCUGCACACGUAUUCGGACGACAGCCUACCAUCCAGCUGCCAACGGUAUGGUUGAGCGUUUCCAUCGCCAGCUAAAGACCGCCCUGCGUGGCGUAGAAGACCCAGGAAACUGGUGGGACAACCAUCCUCUUGCGCUCCUCGGCAUCCGCGCAGCUCUGAAGUCGGAUCUGGGCUGUAGCGCAGCUGAAUUGGUUUUCGGCACUACCCUCCGACUGUCUGGCGAGAUGAUCACCCCAACCUCUCGCGGGGUCGACGAGGCUCCUGACAACAUUCUGCACCGUUGUCGGCAGUUUGUGCGAUCGCUUUCCCCGGUUCCACCUCGAACUCCAACGACUGAGUCUUAUAUCGAAAAAGACUUGGACAAGUGUACUCAUGUGUUCGUCCGGUGUGACCGUAAGCGCCAACCGAUGGAAUCACUAUACAAAGGACCGUUCCGAGUGUUCGCGCGCAACACCAAGACCUUCCGGAUUCUUCGCAGUCACAAGAAGGACGUGGUCAGUGCCGAUCGGGUCAAGGCUAUUGUUGCAGAGGAGCCGCCGGACCGGUCACUAGGACAAAAAUGUACUGACCCCUAA